AUGGCGACACCAGUAUUGUAUAGGAAGCACUUGGACCAUCAGAAGAUCCAUCUCAUGAUGAGGGUGGAAAUAACGCCGAAGAAGGGCCUUUUCGAUAUCACAUACAGCGGCGAGACGGCCAUUACGACUAUGAUCCUCAACGCCGUCCUUCCGGCUUUGCAGAGUGAGGGAGCUCGAGUGACUGGGGAGGACGCUCUUCGUCAAGACAGCAUCCUGGACCCCGGGGCGCUCGGCAGUGAGGUUUCCUUGAACGCCGAGGGCUAUCAUCUACUGAUGCAACAAGUAGGUUAA